AAAUACCUUUACAUCUUAAAAAAACUUUUCUCUCUAACUCUCUCACUCUCCGUCGUUAACCCCGACCCAGAACCCAUACCAUCGAACACAUAGACCCAAAACCCCGGUUGUAAGGUCUCGCCAUCGUCUUCUCUCACGACUUCUCUCAUUUUUUGCAUUUUUUUUCUUCUGGUUUACCAGUUUUUUGUAAUAUUUUGUGAUGUUUAACGAUGUAUUUACAAUGAUAGAACAAAUCUGAGAUUAUAGAGAUGAAGUUUAGCAAUAAUUUGCGAUAUUUGACGAUAUUUUGCAUAUUUAGCGAUGUAUUUGUGAUAUGAGACUAAAAAAUACACAAGACAUCGCUAAUCAUCGUGAAAAUUUGAGUAUGAAUUAGCGACAUUUAACGAUGUGCUUAGCGAUAUUAGGAAUUGGAGACAUUUAGCGAUGUUUCAUGAUUUUGCGAUAUUUUACGACAUCGUUAAAAACCAAAAAAAAAAAAUACAGAAAACAAGCGAGUUGAGAACUCCGGGUAGGGAUUUCGGGGGUUUUGGAUUUCACGAUUUCUCUUUGUGGUUUUGCGAUAUCCUCCUCAGUUUUAUUCUACGUUUCAUCUUCGAAGUGGGUUUCGCCGGAGGUGUUGCGGUGGUUGUAAGUUUGGUCUGGGUUUAGUUCGGUCUGAUUCUGUGGUCAUGGGUUUGGUGGGAGUUAGAGAGAGAGGAGAGGGUCGAGAGAAAGAAGGAAGGUAUAAGAACGGUAUUUUGGGAUUUAAUUAAUUUUAGAGUAUUAAAUUCCUAUGCAUUUUAAUAUGUUAUACUAAAAGAUCAUGGAUAAUUUGAAUUGUCAAAUUUUCCUUUCCUUUUUAAAUCUUUUAAAAAACUAUUUGCACAUAUUUUACUUUUACUAUUUUCAAUUUCAAAUGCAAGCGAGAAGAUUUAUAUACAAUAUUACUCUGCAUUUUGUUUUUAAAAAUGUUCCAUCAACUUCUGUAUCAACUUCUCACCUAAGGUUGAUAAAUUUAUAUAUUUUUUAAUUUUAUUUAUCUACUCUAUUUUUGUGUGGAGGUAUUCAUUUUCAACAUGAAAAAACAAAAUUGAAGGUAAAUUAUUUUGUUUUGCUUAAUUUAUUAGAAAAAUAUUAUAUUGGUAUAAAUUGCACCAUAUUUAUAAUAUAUAUAUUGUUGGAACUUUGUGAAAUGUUAAAAAAUGAUGUGUGUGAGUAGGAGUCCCACAUAGGAUAGAAACAUUUUAUUUGAAGUGUAUAACUAGUGCAAGUUUGAGAUAUGGGUUUGGGCCCCAAGUGGUAUCCAGUUUUGCGCGCAUGGGUGAGGACUCACACACCGGACCACCACACACGCGCGCGCCGCCGUCCGUCCGACGGAGCGGGUGUGGUGUCACCUUAUUUUUUGGAGAAAAUUUAUUUCUUAAAUUAUUAUUUAUUUAAUUAAUUAAAACAAUUUUCUUUUUUUUUAAAUAAAAACGUGUUUGAUUAAUUAGUAAACAGAGAUGCUUCCUGAUUUAUAGCAUCUUCCUGAUUUCAAUUUUGCGUGCAUGGGUGAGGACUCACACACCGGACCACCACACAUGCGCUCGCCGCCGCCGCCGCCCGUCCAACGGAGCGGGUGUGGUGUCACCUUAUUUUUUGGAGAAAAUUUAUUUCUUAAAUUAUUAUUUAUUUAAUUAAUUAAAACAGUUUUCUUUUUUUAAAUAAAAACGUGUUUGAUUAAUUAGUAAACAGAGAUGCUUCCUGAUUUAUAGCAUCUUCCUGAUUUCAGUUUUGCGUGCAUGGGUGAGGACUCACACACCGGACCACCACACCCGCGCGCGCCGCCGCCGUCCGUCCGACGGAGCGGGUGUGGUGUCACCUUAUUUUUUGGAGAAAAUUUAUUUCUUAAAUUAUUAUUUAUUUAAUUAAUUAAAACAAUUUUCUUUUUUUAAAUAAAAACGUGUUUGAUUAAUUAGUAAACAGAGAUGCUUCCUGAUUUAUAGCAUCUUCCUGAUUUCAAUUUUGCGUGCAUGGGUGAGGACUCACACACCGGACCACCACACGCGCGCGCCGCCGCCGCCGCCCGUCCAACGGAGCGGGUGUGGUGUCACCUUAUUUUUUGGAGAAAAUUUAUUUCUUAAAUUAUUAUUUAUUUAAUUAAUUAAAACAGUUUUCUUUUUUUAAAUAAAAACGUGUUUGAUUAAUUAGUAAACAGAGAUGCUUCCUGAUUUAUAGCAUCUUCCUGAUUUCAAUUUUGCGUGCAUGGGUGAGGACUCACACACCGGACCACCACACACGCGCGCGCCGCCGUCCGUCCGUCCGACGGAGCGGGUGUGGUGUCACCUUAUUUUUUGGAGAAAAUUUAUUUCUUAAAUUAUUAUUUAUUUAAUUAAUUAAAAUAAUUUUCUUUUUUUAAAUAAAAACGUGUUUGAUUAAUUAGUAAACAGAGAUGCUUCCUGAUUUAUAGCAUCUUCCUGAUUUCAAUUUUGCGUGCAUGGGUGAGGACUCACACACCGGACCACCACACACGCGCGCGCCGCCGCCGCCGCCCGUCCAACGGAGCGGGUGUGGUGUCACCUUAUUUUUUGGAGAAAAUUUAUUUCUUAAAUUAUUAUUUAUUUAAUUAAUUAAAACAGUUUUCUUUUUUUAAAUAAAAACGUGUUUGAUUAAUUAGUAAACAGAGAUGCUUCCUGAUUUAUAGCAUCUUCCUGAUUUCAGUUUUGCGUGCAUGGGUGAGGACUCACACACCGGACCACCACACGCGCGCGCCGCCGCCGCCGUCCGUCCGACCGAGGGGGUGUGGUGUCACCUUAUUUUUUGGAGAAAAUUUAUUUCUUAAAUUAUUAUUUAUUUAAUUAAUUAAAACAGUUUUCUUUUUUUUAAAUAAAAACGUGUUUGAUUAAUUAGUAUACAGAGAUGUAUCCUGAUUUAUAGCAUCUUCCUGAUUUUUUGCAUCGUUUACAUGAUCCCAUGUUCCAACGUUCCCAUCCAGUAACGUAUUUCUUCCCGUUACUACUAUCAGCGCAUUGCCUAUAUAAUGCGACUGAACAUUGGGAGAAAAACACAACUUUUUAUUCUGAAAAAAAAUUACGAUAUAUACACACUGCUAUAUUAUAUAUUUAUAUUUAUAUUUUCGCUUCGAGCAGUAGUCGGUUUUGGGUGUUUAAUUUCGACGGUUCUCUAUCGUGCAAUAGAGUUCCGAUACAGUGUGUUUGAUUAAUUAGUAAACAGAGAUGCUUCCUGAUUUAUAGCAUCUUCCUGAUUUUAGUUUUGCGUGCAUGGGUGAGGACUCACACACUGGACCACCACACACGCGCGCGCCGCCGCCGCCGUCCGUCCGACCGAGCGGGUGUGGUGUCACCUUAUUUUUUGGAGAAAAUUUAUUUCUUAAAUUAUUAUUUAUUUAAUUAAUUAAAACAGUUUUCUUUUUUUUUUUUAAAUAAAAACGUGUUUGAUUAAUUAGUAAACAGAGAUGCUUCCUGAGUUAUAGCAUCUUCCUGAUUUUUUGCAUCGUUUACAUGAUCCUAUGUUCCAACGUUUCCAUCCACUAACGUAUUUCUUCCCGUUACUACUAUCAGCGCAUUGCCUAUAUAAUGCAACUGAACAUUGGGAGAAAAACACAACUUUUCAUUCUAAAAAAAUUAUACGAUAUAUACACACUACUAUAUUAUAUAUUUAUAUUUAUAUUUUCACUUCGAGCAGUAGUCGGUUUUGGGUGUUUAAUUUCGACGGUUUUCUAUUGUGCAAUAGAGUUCCGAUACAGUGUGUUCGACUGGGCUGUUUUAUCCUGGGGACGACGAGGCUAAUAGUCUGCUUGCACAAAUCUGGACAGUGCCGCGAACGUCUUAAAGAGAGCGACCUAGUCCGCGACUCAACCCAGAUUCUAUUUCGGUAACUUCGUUCCUUUUAUUUUCUGCAACAACUAGUUUCUAACAUAUAUAAUUGUUUGUUUAUUGUAUAACAUGUUUAAUAUUUCUAUGUGGGAAUCAAUACAAUUUUUAAAAUUGGAUAGUUACAACUAACACACCUAAGUUAUGAGUAAUUUGUGAAUCUUUACAGUAUUAUUAUUAUUAUAUUUUAAGAAAAAUAACCUCAACAAAAGAUCUAAAUUAAUUAGGCUUUAAUUUUCAUUAUGUGGUGGGUCUCCAAUUAUGUUUUUGGCUUGGCUAUGUCAAUGUAGAAGUCGAAAAACCAAAUGGAUUUCCAAAUUGUGUUUAAGUUGUUGAACAUUUGGCGGUUUAUAGUUAAAUCUUAUAAGAUAUUUAUUUAGUUUGUAAUAAUCUUAAUGUUUUUAAAUUUUUAUUUUGUAAUUGCUCAAAAUCUUGCUAAAUUAGCUCUUUCUCUUGAUGAUGAGAGGGUUUGGUGGGAUUACUCAAAUUGAUGUAAGUCUUUGGGCUUGGAUUUGACUUAGGCCUAAUGAGAAGUUUUUUUUCAUUCAAAUAAAAAAAAACAAGUGAAAAUUUUGGAUAUAUGUAAUUAUAUCAAAAGGGGAAAAUGUUUAAUACAUGCAUAUCCAUUUCUUGUACUUGGAAUGCAUAUAAUAAGAUAAGACAUAAAUAGCAUGAGAUAUUGUUCCUAACAAAUACAAAAUUAAAUAAGAAAUGAAUCUGAGAGUUAAUCACCUUGAGAAAUUACCUGAAGAAGAUUGAAUUUUGAGUCUCUUUCCAUUCCAUAUGAUAUAAUUAUGAAUUAAUGUAAUGGAUAGAAUUUAGUUAAUACAUAUAAAAAGCCACCUUCAUGCUCCAUUUUGAUAUAAAAAUCCAUACAAUUUCUCAAAUUAAUAUCUUAAUUGCAGAAACCAUGGUAUACACUAUUUUCUGUAAAACAAAACAAGAUUUUUUUUUUUUGACAUUUUAACAUUUUUUACUUAUUAUUUUCUUGUGAGCAGGGUCAGUUUGGUGUUAUUAUAUGCAUAGUGAUCACACUGGUUUGCACAAUACCAAACUACACUACUAUGGCCACUUCAAGUAAUGUAGCAAACAUUUUGAAUUAUGGAGCUGUUGGGGAUGGUAUUAGAGACGACAGUUUGGUAUAUAUAUACAUAUAUUUCUUCUAUAUCAUCAUCACUAUUCAUAUAGAUUUUCUUAUUUGGUUUUGUGGAAUAUAAUGUAGGCAUUUAUAAAAGCAUGGAAUGCCACAUGUAAUUCAAUGGCAGAGUAUUCUACCUUGUUGGUUCCAUCAGGCCAUACAUAUCUGGUCCAACCCCUCUCUUUUAAUGGCCCCUGCAAGUCCCCUAAUCUCUUUUUUCAGGUAGAAGGAGGGAUUGUAGCACCAAAGAGUCCUAAUGAAUGGAACACAAAGAAUAAGGAUUUGAUAUCAUUUGUUGAAGUUGUUGGGCUCUCUCUAAAUGCCACAGCCACUAUUGAUGGCCGUGGUAAACCAUGGUGGGAUGCCUCUUGUAGAGACCACCCUAAGUUACAGGGCUGCUUCGGCAGAAUGCCAACGACAGUGGUAUUCUUACAUUGUACAAGAGUUAAAGUGGUACGAUUAUUGGUGGUUAACAGUCCACAAACUCAUAUACUUGUGUGGAAUAGUGAUAGUGUUGAAUUGAACUACUUGUCUGUAAAUUCUCCUGCUAAUAGUCCCAACACUGAUGGCCUUCACAUUCAAGCUUCAACUAAUGUCUCAAUUCACCACUCUAUUAUCAAAUCUGGUGAUGAUUGUGUCUCAAUUGGUGAUCAGUCUUCUCAUAUUUCGAUUAUCAACUUAAUUUGUGGCCCUGGUCAUGGCGUAAGUAUUGGAAGUUUGGGCAAAGAUGGAAGCGUAGCCAAUGUAAGCAACAUAAAAGUGCAUCGAGUUAAGUUCUUUGGCACAUCCAAUGGUGUCCGUAUUAAAACAUACCAGGUUGGAAAAGGGAUUGUUCAACACGUUGAGUUUCGCAAUCUAACAUUCUACGACGUUCAAAAUCCAAUCGUAAUUGACCAACACUAUUGUUUCGAUCCAAAUGGCUGUCAUGACUUGGCUACUGCUGUUCAUAUAGACAAUAUUAUUUAUAGUGGAGCAAAGGGGACAUCAGCUUCUGAAGUGGCUUUGAAUUUGAAUUGUAGUAAAACAGUGGCUUGUACUAAUAUUAAGUUGGAAGAUAUUCAAAUAACACCAUCGAAACAACUAAAGAGUGUUGAGUCUAGUUGCAACAAUGCUCAUGGUGUCACUACUGGAAUUGUCAAACCAGCUUCUUGCCUUUAAGAGAAAUGAUAAAGACAUUAGUGGUGUCUACCACCUUCCUACGUGUAUUGGAUUUCAUAAUUUAAUGUAACAACUUUUUAGAAGUAUUGUUAAUCGAUUACAAGAUGACACAUUUAGAAGGUUCUAGACACUAUUGGUACUUAAUAGUAAUGCUCUGUUUUUAGAGAUGAUCCAAUAUUGUAUUCUAUUCUUAUACUAAUAAAUAAUUCGUACUUCGCGACGGUUGUUUAAUUCUGUUUAAAUUUAUUGAUAGAGACAUAAGACAUUUGAAUCUUACAUGUUUUUUUAAUUAAUUUUAGUGAUAUUAAUUCAUAAAUUUGGUUAUAUAAAUAUGAUAAAGUAAUUUUUAAUAUUUUUUAUUAUUUAUAUACUAAUUUAUUUAUAUGAAUGUUUGAUCUGUUUUUUUUUUACCAGUUAUUCAAAUAAUAUUAAUACAUGUUUAAAGUAUAUAUGCUCAUAAGAUUAUAUCGGUUUUUGCACUAUUUUUUUUUUUUUUAUGGUUUUGAUGUCUUUUAAUGUUUUUGUGUAUUUCAUGACUUUGUUGCUAUUUAUUAUAGCUUGUUCCUAUUUGUUUAAAGUAAUUUUAUAGUAUGGUCAAUGGAUAAGAGAAGUGAUCCAUUUUGUGCUCACAAUUUUUACUUAUAAAAUAAAAAUAAAAUAUGUUUUAAAUAUUAAGACAAAAAAUUAAAAUAAAAAAUUAUAUGAAAUUUGAUCAAAAAAAUAAUAUGAAAAAAAAUCCAAAAGAUAUUAAAAGUAAUUUUUAAAAAUUAAUUAAGUUAAUUAUUUCUUAAUAUUAGGGUGCACUUCUAAUUUUAUAGAGUG